UUCAACACCAACAUAUAUACAAAGAAAACACACAUUCUCUCAACCAAAAAUACAUGGCAACUACUUCCACUAUAUUCAAUUAAGAAUUAAUGGAAAACUUCCACUACUCAAGAAGACUACUUCUAAUACCAACUACAUUGCAACAAUACCGCCCCGAUACCACCGUGGCGCCGCCUCCGGCAACCAGAAUCAGUCACGACACAACCGAUCAACCAUCAUUUGAUGCAAAUGUUGUGAUGGUAUUGUCUGUACUUAUAUGUUCCAUAAUUUGUUCACUUAUAGUGAACUGCCUAAUAAAGUGUGCAUUGAGAUGCGCUAGCCGAGUAUUGGCAGACUCAUCCUCAAACCAUACAAACCCUUCUGUAGCAAAGCUAGCCAAUACAGGGAUCAAGAAAAAAGCCCUCAACACAUUCCCAGUUUUAACCUAUACUACUGAAUUGAAACAUCCAGGGAUUGACUCUGAGUGUGUAAUUUGCUUAUCAGAAUUUGGAGUUGGAGAAAAAGUUAAGGUUCUGCCUAAGUGCAACCAUGGCUUCCACGUCAAGUGUAUUGAUAAAUGGCUGAAUUCCCACUCUUCUUGUCCUACUUGUAGGCACUGCCUUAUUGAAACUUGCCAAAAAAUUGUAAACGGAGGCACUUCUGUUACUAGUACAUCGGCACCAGUUAAAGAAAUCAUAAUAGGGAUUGAAUCUCUCCAACGUGAAGGUGUUAUAUCUAACAGCCUAAGUUAGUUAGAAAAAUAGGAGUAGUAUCUAGGUAGAAGCUUAGCUCCAGUUUAAUUGUUUCUUUCUUCUUUCUAGCUACGAUAAGGCCAACGCCAGUGUAGCUUCCCAAUGAUUCAUUACUCUUGUAUACAAAAAAUUAAUUCUAUUUCGGGUUCUUUAUUAAA